AUGCCGCCAAAGAAAGGAUCCCAUUCCAGCGACGAAGCCACGACCAUCUACGACUACCUGGUACGUAGCAAUCGGCCAUACAGCGCCAAUGACAUUUCGAGCCAGCUCCAUGGCCUGGUGUCACCGGCCGGUGCCAAAAAGAUCCUGAACGAGCUGGCCGAUGACAACAGAAUCCAGCGGAAAGUAAACGGCAAGCAGCUGGUAUUCUUCGCCAUCCAGACCGAUAUUGACGUGCCCAGUGUCGAGGAAGCCGAAGAAGAGCAAGAGCAGAUCCGGCAGCUUGAGGAGCAGCUCGCCGAGCGCAAGGAGCACAGCAAGGCGUUGGGCGGCAAGCUCCACGCCCUCAACAAUGCGCUAACCGACGAUCAGAUGCGCGAGCGCAUUGCGCAAUUGACACAGGAGGCGAUCGAAAACGAGCGCCGGCUGGAGAGUCUGCGCAAAGGCGAGGUGAUUUCGCCCGAAGAGAAGGAAAAGAUCGAAAAGGCACACGCAAACAUGGUCAAGCACUGGGCCAAGCGCAAGCGCUUGUUCAAGAACAUCGAGAACACCAUCGCUGAGGGGUACCCGGGCAAGAUGAAGGAUCUAUUUGCUGAGCUUGGCAUCGAGACCGACGAGGAUGUGGGCGCUGACGUGAACAUCCUCAGAGCGUAA